AUGAGCACGUCUCCAAGUAUCGAACUCACCAGCACCAGCAGCACAAGCUCGAGGCGCGGCCAGAGCCAAGCCGAGAACAGUCGCCGCUAUGCGCCGCGGCGGACAGGAAGCGCAGGAAACGCAGAAGAGUCUGGGCUAGAGUCCCUACCGCUUGAGCUGCAGUACCUUAUCAUCUCUCAUUUGGACUUGACGAGCUUGAUUACCCUACGAGAGACAUGUCCGUUGUAUCGCCAAGUCAUCACGGUUGACGUUGUCGGUAAGCAGUUCGCUGCCCCGGACGGUGGACACGAUCCCGUCCUGCAGAGCUGCUGCACUGAAUGUCUGUGUAUGCCGGGACUUGAUCGCCUAAUCAUCGAUACGACGCGUCCAAGCCACACGUGGCGGUCUAUCUGUUUCCGAUGCUGGCGUUAUCGGAUGAGCCGUGAGAACCAGCGCAAGCACUGGCCGCUGGUUCAAAUGGUUAACGGCGAUUGUGGUUAUAUAUGCCACUUUUGCACAUGGCCGGUGCACAGCGGCGCCUCCAGCAGUCGGAUCAAAAACAUGCAUGCCCCUUGCCGGGUGAGGCGACUCGUCGUAGUUAUAUCAUGGCUAAUCAUGGCCAUCAUACAAUUCGGCCUCGGUAUGCUGGCUGCUGUGCUAGCGUGGACCAUGUUCCGGAAUACGUCAGCAGUUUUAAUACCUGCUACCAUCGAUUUCUGUCUAGCGGUGAUAGCAGUAAUGAUAUUUGUGGUCCGUGUAGGCACCACGAACGAAGUCACGUACACGCGUGCGCUGGCUGUAGAGCUAAUAAUCACGUUCAUCCGCAUCCCUCCCGUGACCUACACCGCACGCGAAACCGUUAUUUCUGAGACGACUCAGGGAGGCCCACUCCCUAAAUUCGGGUUCGGCGUCUUUUUAAUUAACCUGUGA